UUGAAUGGGACGGCGAUGGGGAGGCGAUGUGGUCGUAGUAGCUGUGGACGCGAGCAAGGAAAUCACCGAUUACGCGCUUGAGUGGGCCGUGCGCAACGUGAUCAAAGCCACAGAUACGUUGAUCUUGCUCGCACUUCUACCAUCUUCCGUUGGCGUGAACGGAAACAACCAUACAGGGUUCCAUUUUCUCACCUCCUUGCUAAAGAAAUGGGGUCUUCGGCAAGAGAAGGAGGUUCCUUCUUAUCAAGCAACCGUUGGGAAUGGAGGUGAUAGUGGGGCCCACAAGAUCAACGAGGUCUGCGUACAGAUGAUUAAUCAACUAUGUUCAGCACACCAGGUUAAGCAGAGAUGGUGCAGGUGGAAACGCAUGUGA